ACAUAUUUGUAAAACGGUGGUGUUUCUAUCACGAAAGCUAACAUGUCGAUAGGAAACGAAACGAUGCUUCAAUCGAAAGUGUAACUUUUGUUUUGGCGGAGCAAAUUACUUGCUUCAGUGUUUACGAUUUCAUCGGGAGACUGUAGAGGACACGAGAUCAAGUCUUCAGACUUCAGAGUGGCGUGCCUAUAUACCCAAGCCGGAAGUUUCCACGCUCACUGGAGCCUAUUUUGCCACUUCCGGCUGUAAUUGUCGGCCAAUAUAACUCGCCUUCUCUCAACUUGGUCGGUUGUUUCUAGCUAGCUAUGUGGGAUGGAAGAAUGAGAUCAAAGCUUUCUUCAUUGUCGGUUCUGGGUCGUACGUAUUUCAGUUGGUAUUCUGUUAAAUCCACCCAACUCGUUGAGCUCGGAGCUCUUACCAGUCCUACCAUGGCCUCUGAUUUUAGUUCGAGGCCUACUCGAAUUCAAACUGUCGAUGCUGCUACUCCAACGAAUCCCAAUUUUCGGGCUCUUUUCUCUUCUGGCUUUUGUUCUUGUUCGUAUAUUUCCCCAAGCUCCAAACGCGAUAUAUUGAACGCCCCUUCGGAAGAAUCGAGUCAACAUGUUGCCAAUGAUGAUCAAGUUAGCGGCGAUGACAACGACAAUGGAGAAGAAUAUGAAGAGGACGUGAACAUUAAGCAAUUGAGCAUCACUGACGAGGGUGUCAUACGAGAUGUGGAUGCGAUUGUGGAUAUAUUACGUGGGUUUGGGGAUGUAAAUCGAAUUCAAGUGAAAAAUAAGCUGGAGCAUUGCCGUAUUAAGGUCUCAGAGGAGUUGGUAGUAGCAGUACUUUCUCGGGUUCGCAAUGAUUGGGAAGCAGCGUUCACUUUUUUUGUUUGGGCUAGUAAGCAGCCUGGCUAUGCCCAUUCAGUGCGUGAAUAUCAUUCUAUGAUUUCAAUUCUUGGGAAAAUGAGAAAGUUUGACACGGCCUGGGCCUUGAUUGAUGAGAUGAGAGGAGGGGCGACGGGCUCUUCUCUAGUGACUCCUCAAACUCUUCUUAUUAUGAUUAGAAAAUACUGUGCUGUUCAUGAUGUUGGCAAAGCUAUAAAUACCUUCCAUGCUCAUAAAAAAUUUGGGUUUAACGUUGGACUUGAGGAAUUUCAAAACCUUCUCUCUGCCCUUUGCCGCUACAAAAAUGUGAAAGAUGCAGAAUAUUUACUCUUUUGCAACAAAGAUGUCUUCCCAUUUAACACGAAGAGCUUCAAUAUUAUCCUCAAUGGAUGGUGUAAUAUAAUUGGUAGUCUUCGUGAUGCAGAGAGAAUUUGGAAGGAGAUGACGCAAAGGGGUAUCAGUCAUGAUGCUGUCUCAUAUGCAAGUAUCAUUUCUUGUUACUCGAAAGCUCGCCACCUUUAUAAGGUGCUCAGGCUUUUUGACAAUAUGAAGCAAAUGAAAAUUGAACCUGAUAGGAAAGUUUACAAUGCAGUCAUUCAUGCUCUUGCCAAAGGUGGGCUUCUGAAAGAAGCUUCCCAUCUCAUAAAAUGCAUGGAAGAGAAGGGUAUUAUUGCAGAUGUUGUUACUUAUAACUCAGUUAUCAAGCCUCUAUGCAAGGCCCGGAAAUUUGAUGAAGCUAGAGCAGUUUUUGAGGAGCUGUUGCAGCGGGGGCUUUUCCCAACAAUUCAGACUUAUCACGCCUUCUUGAGAUUCUUGAGGACUGAGGAAGAAAUAUUUGAGCUAUUGGAGAGGAUGAGAAGAAUGGGGUGCAAUCCAACUACUGAUACCUACAUAAUGUUGAUCAGAAAAUUUUGCAGAUGGCGCCAGCUUGAUAAUGUUUCCAAAAUAUGGCGUGAAAUGAGUGAAAGUGGAAUCAGUCCUGAUCGCAGCUCUUAUAUUGUGCUAAUACAUGGUCUCUUCUUGAAUGGAAAAUUAGAAGAUGCAUACAAAUACUAUUUGGAAAUGAAGGAAAAGGAGUUACUUCCUGAACCAAAGAUAGAUGAGGUACUUCAAGCUUGGCUUGCUGGUAAGCCCAUGAUUCAAGGCUAUACGAACGGUUUAUCAGAGAACCAAUCAGAUUGUUCUGGGGAAGGCAAGAACUCCAGAUCGCUCCCCAAGAAAAUUGAUCAGAAAAUUGAUUUUCGCCGACAACCUGAGGUUAGAAGGGUUUCAAGAGCAAGUGGAUUUUCAUUUUGGAAGCAGUAGGAUUCUGUAGUAUGUCUUAUCACAUCAACCUUCAGGAUCAAAUUGCUUGUUGGGUCCUUCAGGCGCAUGACAUCAACCGUUCAUCUGAGGUUCAACAUGCCUUUAACCUCUCACUCCUCCGUCUCAAAAAUGGUCUUUUCCUCAGUUACACAAUCAAUUCUUUUAUGUAGUACUUCAAGUGCGGACAGGCCAUUGAUAACAGAAGAUGUAACCUUUGACCACCACUUCUUUAUCUUAUUUGGUCUCAACUUUAUCUUUUACAUUGCCUCAGAUUAAAUUGAACCCAUCAUUAUGUUUUGUAAAUUUAUGGUAUUUCUUAUGCCUCUUUAUAGUAAGAGAUGAAACCAUUUAC